UUUGGAAAAGAAUGUAAGGUUGGAGGACCCUUGUUCCCAUGUUCAACACAGCCUGUAACUUCGUAUAAAGAAAGAACUCAAACAAACGAGAAGCCAGGAUACAUCUGAGAAUAUUCUCUUCCUUACGCUAAACCCUAAAUUCAUUUCUUUUUCCUUUGCUUUUGCCCCAAUUUGACGUCAAUCAGCAUCUUUCUGCUUCUGUGAGUUUCAUCAUUCCAUUUCCAGGGGAAGAUUGUUUUGUCGUGUCGAAAAUCCUCCAGGGUCUUCUCUUAUGGCGUCCGUGAAUACUAUCGGCUUCAAUGGCUUUUUUACACCAGCAUGCUAUCAUCGGUUCUAUUAGAUGCUGAAUUUAUGAAGGAUCAAUUACGGGUUAGGUUUUUUGUCUUUUGGAAUCUGGAGACCUCAGUUCCUUGAAAUAUCUCUGGGAUUGUUGAACUUGCUUCAAAUCAAAUCAUAUGGAGACAGAGUGGAGGCGGCAGCAUAUUGCAAUAUUUACCACAGCUAGUCUUCCAUGGCUGACGGGAACUGCUGUUAAUCCUCUGUUCCGUGCGGCCUACCUCGCAAAAGAUGGAAAAAGACAUGUCACUUUGGUGAUUCCAUGGCUGACAUUGCAGCACCAAGUUCUUGUUUACCCGAACAACAUCACCUUCAAUUCACCAUCUGAGCACGAAGCUUACCUCCGCCAAUGGCUUGAGGAAAGAAUUUCAUUUCCUGUUGGAUUUGAGAUUCGUUUUUAUCCUGGGAAGUUUGCUACAGACAAGAGAAGUAUUCUUCCGGUUGGGGAUAUCUCAGAUGUCAUAGCGGAUGAAGAUGUGGACAUUGCUGUCCUGGAAGAGCCUGAGCAUCUCACGUGGUUUCAUCACGGGAAAAGUUGGAAAGCUAGGUUCAACUAUGUCAUAGGGAUCAUACACACAAACUACUUGGAGUAUGUAAGAAGAGAGAAAAAUGGCCGUUUAAAAGCGUUUCUCCUCAAGUACAUGAACAGUUGGGUUGUUGGAAUUUACUGUCACAAGGUGAUCAGAUUAUCUGCAGCCACGCAAGAAUACCCGAGAUCUAUGGUUUGCAAUGUUCAUGGUGUAAACCCCAAAUUCCUAGAGAUUGGGUUGAGAAAACUAGAACGGCAGAAGCUGCAGGAGCAGCCUUUCACGAAAGGAGCAUACUACAUAGGUAAGAUGGUGUGGAGCAAAGGCUACAAGGAUCUUCUUAAACUGCUGCGGAAUCACCAGAAGGAACUUGCUGGUUUAGAGGUUGAUUUGUAUGGUCAUGGAGAAGACUCUGAUCAGAUUACAGAGGCUGCUCGUAAGCUGGACCUUACGAUUAGAGUUCACCCUGGACGGGAUCAUGCUGACCCAAUAUUCCACGAUUAUAAAGUGUUUCUGAACCCGAGCACGACAGAUGUGGUCUGCACGACAACAGCUGAGGCCUUGGCGAUGGGCAAAAUCGUGGUAUGUGCGGAUCAUCCGUCAAACGAGUUCUUCAAACAGUUUCCAAACUGCAGAGUCUAUGUGGACGGCAAAGGAUUUGUGAGAGAGACGCUCAAGGCGCUCGGGGAACAGCCAAGUCAGCUGACCGACCAGCAAAGGCACCAACUGUCGUGGGAAGCGGCCACAGAAAGGUUUGUGAAGGCAGCCGAGUUAGAAGAAGCGGGGCCGGGAAUGGACAUGGGUUCGUCAAAGGGAUCUUCAGAGUCGUGGGCAUUGUCAAAGAAGAUGGAGUUUGCGUCGACUUCCAUGAAUAAUGUGGGGAGAAGGUUGGAGGAGAUGUCGGCCUAUCUGCAUAAGUUGGCGUCAGGGAAUGAAGCGUCAAGAAGAGCGUUUGGAGCUAUCCCUGGGAGUCUGGAACCUGACGAGGAGCUUUGCAGAGAUCUGGGCUUGACCCUUAAGCCUAAGCCUAAGCCUCCCUCCCGUAAACGAUCCAAAUUAGACUAACCUUUUUUUUAGGGCUCUCGGUCGAAAACUCAUGUUUGGGUUUCUUAAUCAUUUUGAUUUGUGAAUGUGUGUUACACCCAUAUGGUAUAUGGGAAAACGUCGUGGCCGUAAGAUUUCAAAGACUAUGCAGUUAUGCACGGCUGCUUCACGGAGGAUGUCCCAAGUGUAACCUCUCUCUAAGCGCCUUUUCCCCCUUGCAAA